UUUGUUUUAUUUUCUCCUCCCUCUCUCCUUUCACCAGUAGUUACUACGCUUAUAAUUUAUAGUAUACCUCAUGCAAGGGUCAACAAUGGCACCUAACAAGAGGUUCGAAUACUAGUUGAUUUGAUAGCAUUUGGUUUCAAAUGUUUGAGAAGGAUCAAAGGGACACUAGCUAUCAAAAUUAGAAGGUUUGUAUUAGACAUGAGAACUGAUGAGGUUCUGUUCUCCUUUUCUCUUUUUUCUUUGGUGUUAUACUUCCAACUCUGUUCCACUGGAGAUACUUUGAAGGCUGGCCAGAAGAUAACUACGAACCCAUUGGAGAACCUUGUUUCAUCUAACCGCACAUUUGAGCUUGGUUUCUUUCCUUUAAGUGGUAGCAGCAGUGAUGUAAAAAGCUACUACUUGGGGAUAUGGUAUCACGGGUUGGAACCACAAACAGUGGUAUGGGUUGCCAAUAGAGUCAAGCCUGUUCCAGAUUCUAGUGGUGUUUUUCGAAUUGCAGAGGAUGGAAAUCUGGUGAUAGAAGCUGUAUCAACAGAACGUUAUUGGUCCUCUAAAAUCGAAGCAUCUUCGUCUACAAACAGAACAGUGAAGCUCCUAGAAUCAGGGAACCUAGUACUAAUGGACGAUAACUUGGGAAGGAGUAAUUACACGUGGCAGAGCUUUCAACACCCAACAGACACGUUUCUUCCUGGCAUGAAAAUGGAUGCAAGUUUAGCAUUGACUUCAUGGAGAAACUCCACUGACCCGGCACCUGGGAACUUCACCUUUACGAUGGCUCCAGAGGACGAGAGGGGAAGCUUCGUAGUGCAAAAGCAAUCACAAAUCUACUGGGACCUUGAUGAACUCGACAGCAAUGAGAAUUCCCAAGUAGUAUUUAAUUUUUUGGGCAACACCGCCACCCGGGGUACUAGGUCGCACAAUUUUUCAGACCAAACCAUCUUUACAUCGAAGCCUUACAAUUACACGAAAUCGAGGCUGCUAAUGAAUUCCAGUGGGGAGUUACAAUUUCUCAAGUGGGAUGAGCAUGAAUGGGAAAAGCGCUGGUCGGGGCCAGCUGACGAGUACGACAUUCAUGAUUAUUGCGGGAGCUUUGGCAUAUGUAACAGAAAUAACCAUAUUGGCUGCAAAUGUUUACCAGGAUUCGCUCCCAUUCCCGAGGGAGAGCUCCAAGGACAUGGGUGUGUGAGAAAAUCAAUAUCGUGUAUCAACACCGACGUCACAUUCCUCAACUUAACCAACAUAAAAGUACGAAACCCAGACCAUGAAAUUUUUACAGAAACAGAUGCAGAAUGCCAGUCCUUUUGCAUUAGCAAGUGUCCCCUUUGCCAGGCAUAUUCAUAUAAUAGGUCAACAUACAGUGAUCGCAGUCCCUUUACAUGCAACAUCUGGACACACAAUUUAUCUUCUCUUGUAGAGGAGUACGAUCGUGGCCGUGAUCUUUCUAUCCUCGUUAAGAUAUCAGAUAUAGCACCAACUGCAAAAACGUGUGAACCUUGCGGAACAUAUGAGAUUCCUUAUCCACUAAGCACUGGGCCAAACUGUGGAGAUCUCAUGUACAAGUUCAAUUGUACCAAAUCGACAGGCCAAGUUAACUUCAUGAUGCCCGAAGGAAUAUCAUACCAGGUUACUAGGAUCGAAGAAGAUACCAGAACGUUUUUCAUUCAAGCGGAUGCUUCAUAUUCCUGUAGUCUCAGAAGAGAUCAAAAUAACACACCUAAUUUUCCAUUUAAUGUAGUUGAUUGCAUACAAGAUUUUGGAAUAGUUAAAUUCAGUUGGCAACCAGCACCAGAACCUCCCUGUAAUAGGCCUAUGGACUGCAUGAAUUGGCCCCAUUCAACAUGCAGAGAAACCAGGUGCCAUUGUGAUUUAAAAUAUAGGUGGAACAACUCUAUCAUGAGUUGCACCCAAGAAGAGCCGUCAAGAGAGCAUUUAACCCACCGACUGGCAUUGAUUCUUACAGUAAUUCUUGGUUCCAUGGCUAUUCUGGCAUGCAUAACAGCAUUUGUGCUUGUGCGGAGAAAGAAAAAAGCUCAUAAGCUUGAUCGGGCAAGCACCCAAAUUCAGGAAAGUUUGUAUGAGAGCGAAAAACGUGUGAAAGGUUUGAUUGGCUUAGGAAGUUUAGAAGAAAAAGAUAUUGAAGGAAUUGAAGUUCCCUGUUAUACUUUUGCAAGCAUUCUAGCGGCCACAGAUAAUUUCACCGAUUCUUACAAGCUUGGAAGAGGUGGUUAUGGACCUGUUUAUAAGGGAACGUUUCCUGGAGGUCAAGACAUAGCUGUAAAGAGGCUUUCAAGUGUUUCCACUCAAGGCUUAGAGGAAUUCAAGAAUGAGGUUAUUUUGAUUGCAAAACUUCAGCAUCGGAACCUUGUUAGACUCAGGGGCUAUUGCAUUAAAGGAGAUGAAAAAAUCUUACUUUAUGAAUACAUGCCAAACAAGAGCUUGGACUCAUUUAUAUUUGACCGGACACGAACUUCACUCCUGGAUUGGCCAAUACGAUUUGAGAUAAUCGUAGGCAUUGCGCGAGGCAUGUUGUAUCUUCACCAAGACUCCAGAUUGAGAGUGAUUCAUAGAGACCUGAAAACCAGCAACAUUCUUCUAGAUGAGGAGAUGAAUCCAAAGAUAUCAGACUUUGGUCUUGCCAAAAUAUUUGGGGGAAAAGAAACGGAAGCCAGUACAGAGAGAGUAGUGGGAACCUAUGGAUACAUGGCUCCAGAGUAUGCCUUGGACGGAUUCUUUUCAAUCAAAUCCGACGUUUUCAGCUUUGGAGUAGUCCUUCUAGAGAUUCUUAGUGGAAAAAGGAACACUGGAUUCUAUCAGUCCAAGCAAAUUUCUAGCCUUUUGGGUCAUGCAUGGAAGUUAUGGACAGAGAAUAAGCUACUGGAUUUAAUGGACCCAUCUCUUUGUGAAACAUGCAACGAAAAUGAAUUCAUUAAGUGUGCAGUCAUUGGACUCUUAUGCGUACAAGAUGAACCAAGUGAUCGACCCACUAUGUCAAAUGUUUUGUCAAUGCUUGACAUAGAGGCAGUAACCAUGCCAAUUCCCACGCCACCAACCUUUUUUGUGAACAAGCGUCAUUCUAGCUCAGCUUCCUCUUCUAGCAAACCAGAUAUAGGUCAGUUUGAGAGCAGUUAUCAAGAAGGUCGAUAGUGCAUGAUUGAAGCUAUUGUUAGAGUACGUGUAAAAUAAUUAAUAAUAUUUUAAUUGUAUUUUAUAACAAUUUAGAGUAUUCUGUAUUAUUUUUAAGGAUCAAUUUUGGAUUUCCUGUCUGUCUUUUUAGUGCAUACACCAUUUUGAAUUUAUAACGUAAGUUUUUAAUAUAAAAUUUUACUUGGUUAAA